UAAACGUUGAAAUUUAGUCAGUUUCAUUAUCGGUUCAGGACCGGCGUGACAAAAUCGGGUGAACUUAGACCUAUUUUUUUUCCUGCGAAAAGUUUCAUCUGGGUUAUUCCUAGGUGUUAUCCAGAUAGACAUGUUGGGGAAGGUCAACACUGUGGUGAUAGUUCUGUGUGCGAUAGUCACGCUCUGUAACGCGAAAUGUGAUGACCCGUGUUCAGUUCCACCGAAACACUACUCGGAACUGGGAUGCAAACCAAUAAAAGAUGACGGCCACUGUUGUCCAAAUAGAUACGAAUGUCCCACGCUGACGGAUCGUGACGGCCAGAAGUGCUACUUCAAUGGGAACAUUUACGAACCCGGAAAUUCGUUGUCCAAGAAGGAUCAGGAAAUGGUAUCUUGCUCGCCCGGAUGUCGUUGCGAUAAUCGCACAACGCCCGCUACCUUCACCUGUGCCUAUAUCGACUGCCCGGAGUUUUUCGGUCGGGAUGAGAAGUGCAUUUAUCAAUACAGCCCGUAUGAUUGCUGCGCUUCCGGACGUUCUUGUGGUAAUGAGGUUGAAAAACUGAACGAAUGUUAUUUCGACGGCGAGAAGUACCUAGAGGGGCAAAAAAUAUAUCCAAAGGAUGAGAGCUGUUACACUUGCCACUGUCAGAAGGAUUUCGAUAACAGUACAGUAGUUGGAAAUCCAAACUGUUACGAAAUAAGCUGUGGCAUUGAGCUUCGUAAUCUGAAUUCGGUGAUUCAGGGCUGUAUUCCAGUUUACUUUGGAAAUGAUCGAUGCUGUCCAAUUUCCUGGCGAUGUCCCGAUGAUAAGGAUACGGUCGUUGUGGAAGGACGCCUUGAUGCGGAUGAGUUAGCGGACCCUAAAAUGCAGUGUACUUUUGGAAAGUUGACGAUAAAUUUUGGCGAUUCGAUUUCCUCAGACGACAAGUGUCUCACGUGUAAGUGUACUGUUCCACCGAUGCCACAUUGUAUUCAGACCAGGGAUUGUUGAUUGUGACAAGUUAUGCGUAAAUGUAGCUUGUAGGCGUAUCUUCGAUGAGAAAAAUACAAUAAAGUACAAAAUCAGAUGAUGAGCCUCAGGGCAUUUGUUUAAAACAUCCGUUAAAAUUAAAAUAUUGGAUAUAUAUUGUGUUAA